AGAAUCUGUUCAUUUGGAAUACAAACGCAUGUCGCGCAUCGCAUAAAUCAGAAAAGGUGAAAAGUUCAUUUUUUUCUUAUGCAGUAGCCUGGCGCAGUCGCUUUCUGCCAAACCAUCGUAUUGUUUGUUAAUAUAAAACGGCAAAGCAAUAUUCGAUACUUUAUUGUGGCACAUUCAAAAAACCGUUUUAUAAUUUCGAGUCAUGAAAAACCCAAUAAUUUUGUGUUCUCGUUGCUACUCAACUAAGUUGCAACUUCCUAAGUGCAAUGUUAAAGCACCAGUUUACAAGGGCAUGUCCUAUGAAGAAAUGGUCAGCAUACGGAAACGGAAUCUUAAUCCAACCCUGUCUACGCUGUAUAGAAAGCCUUUAGCCUUUUAUAAGGGUUCCAAGCAAUGGCUCUUCGAUUUAGAUGGAAAUAGGUACCUUGAUAUGUUUGGUGGUAUUAGUACCAUUUCAGUAGGACAUUGUCAUCCAAAGAUCACAAAAGUACUAACUGAACAAAGCGAUACUUUGGGUCAUGUCUCCAAUGUGUAUUUCCACGAAAAGAUCCAUGAGUAUGCAAAACGCUUGGCGGAUACUAUGCCUGGAAAUCUAAAGUGUGUGUAUUUCGUGAAUAGCGGAUCAGAGGCGAACGAUCUAGCUUUGCUGAUGGCAAGAGCACACACUGGUAAAUAUGAUAUUUUUUCUUUGAAAAAUUGUUAUCAUGGAAUGACGUACCAAGUGAUGGAGAUGACGUCGUUGAGUACUUAUAGGUUCUCUGUACCUGGAUCUCCUGGAAUUUAUAAGACAACUGUCCCUGACGUUUACAAAGGAGUUUGGGGUGGAAGCAAAUGUCGAGACAGUCCUGUACAAGCUAAUAGGAAAUGCUCUUGUAUGGGCAUUUGUGAGGCUGGUAUAAAAUAUAUUGAGGAAUUCAAGUCCGACUUAAAUUGUAUGGUCUCUAAAAAUAACUUGGCUGGAUUCUGGGCAGAGACCAUCCAAGGAGUUGGAGGUAUCGUUCAAUUUCCGAAGAAUUAUAUCAAGGGAGUUUAUGAAGUUGUUAAACAAAACGGUGGGCUAUUCGUAGCGGACGAGGUUCAAGCAGGAUUUGGAAGAACUGGCGACCAUUUCUGGGGGUUUGAAAUGCACGGCAUCACGCCAGACAUAGUGACGAUGGCCAAAGGUAUUGGAAAUGGUUUUCCUCUGGCAGCUGUUGUUACUACACCAGAGAUAGCUCAAGGCUUAGGUAAAGCUACACAUUUCAACACUUUUGGAGGUAACCCUUUGGCAUGUGCAGUUGGGAUUGCAGUAUUAGAUAUAAUAGAGGAAGAAAAACUCCAAGAAAACGCUAAGAUUGUGGGAACAGAUUUGAUAUUGGAUUUAGCAAAAUUACGGGAUAAAUAUGAAAUAAUAGGAGAUGUGAGAGGCAAAGGGCUGAUGAUUGGAAUAGAAUUGGUAGAGGACAAAACAUCCAAAAAACCACUUAGUCCUGAGCGAUGUAUGGAUAUAUUGGAGAAAUGCAAAGAGUUAGGAUUAGUCGUUGGGAAAGGAGGCUCGUAUGGAAACAUUCUACGUUUGUCACCUCCCAUGUGCAUUACCAAGGAAGAUGCUACAUUCACGGUAGAAGUAUUGGAUAAGGCCAUAUCGGAAAUUGCUUAAGUUAGACUGUUAAAAGCCAAUAUUAUUUCGUACAAAAAUAGUUUAUUACAAAAUAUAUUAUUUAAAAUCACAUUUAUGGUAACACGUUAUUUAAAAGUUUUAUAAGUACGUUUUACACUCUCCCUGACUAUCCACGCACCACUUCGGUGUCAGCGCUUCAGCUUGAAUCCCUAGAUCGACAAGUCUUUUUCGAUGAGCGAAAAAUCUAAACUGUGCGAAUUCUGCUGUGCUUCUUGGGUUUGACCACAGUCUUUCUGCAGCAGCUGCUGCUCUUGGCCAUACUUUGGAAUCAAUAUUGUUGUCGUCUACCAGUUCUCCCCACAUGCAUACCUACAAAAAAAAAAACGGGGUACAUGAACCGACAACAUUUCUUGGGUAAUUGAGGACACUGUUUGAUGAUUUUUAGCGAAAAUCGUAAUGUUCUAAGGGCUCUACGGUUACCGAAGUAUAUU